AUGUGGUGGGACCAGUACGAGGAUCCGGCAGAAGCUGCAGCCCAAGCUGCGAAGGAAGCCGAGGCCAGCGCGAAACACCGCAAUUUCCUUGCGCAGCAGGUGGCCUUGGGUGAGAGUUGGGCUGGUGCAAGCCGCGCGACACCUCCGCUGACCCCGCCACCGGCACCGGUGGCAGCGGAACGGAGCGCGGCUGAGGCGAAGGGCGAUCAGUCGAUCGCGGAGCAGGCUCUGGCUGCAGCCGCGCCAAAAGUGAAGGCACCGGUGACCGUGCCGGCGCGGUUCAAACCCGUGGUGAAGGUAUGGGAGUAA